UUUUUUCUUUCUCAAACAGCAAUUUUUUUUUUUGUUUCUCUGCUCCAGGGGAAAUUAAAAAGGUGGAACCUUUUGUUCUCCUGGAGAGCGAUCAAUUCCUUUUUUUUAAUAAUCAUCAUAUCGCUGCCUCUAGUCUUCGUCGUCUUUGAUCGUAUCGAGGAAUUGGGUUUUAGUUCGAUUUAGUUCAUCAGAUAUCUCAAUUUUAAAGAACCAAAAAGAAGGUUUUGGUAUUGGAAAAUGCCUUCUCUAAUCUCACAACAAUGGCAACAGAAGACUAGUGGAUUCUUUUCUUCAUCAGGAACAAAGAUUAGGGAAGCCGGGCAGUCAGCUGGUAGUUUUGUGGGAGAAGUCGCUAAGGAUGCGAAAGUGAAUGUUGCCGAUGUUGCAGAAAGAGUUGGGACGUUGUUUAAAAGCCGGUGGGCAAUUCUUCAGCAGCCUGCAACUAGACAUGCUGUGCAAGAACAUCUCAUAACAGCUGCUGCCACUACCGGGACUUUGGUCAGGAAAGGUAUAACUGAGACAAAGGAAAAGGUUUCUGUUGGAAAGAUUAAAGUUGAAGAGGCGGCCAAAAAGACUGCACAAAAGAGCAAGACCAUUUUGACGGAUAUAGAAAGAUGGCAGAAGGGAGUUGCCAGCUCAGAUGUGUUUGGUGUUGCGAUCGAAAUCACUGUCCAGCGGCAGGAGUCAAGCAGGCCUAUUCCAUAUAUACUGACUAAAUGCGCAGAUUAUCUCAUAUUAACAGGACUUAAUUCACCGAGCUUGUUCAAAGCCGAAGGAGACAAAAAGUUGAUUCAACAAUUGGUUUCAAUGUACAAUCAAGAUCCUAGCGCGUCAAUACCUGAGGGUGUGAAUCCAGCUGUUGUCGCUGCACUCAUGAAAUACUAUCUUGCUAGCCUUCCGACACCACUAACUACUUUCGAGCUUUAUAGUGAAAUAAAAGAUGCGCGAUCGAGCGUUCACAGAAUGAGAAAGUCACUCCAAAAGCUUUCCAAUGUGAACUAUAAUACAUUGGAGUUCAUAACAGCGCUAUUGCUUCGUGUAAGCCACAAAUCACUACUUAACAAGAUGGAUUCGCAUAGCCUAGCUAUGGAAAUGGCUCCUGUGAUCAUGUGGCGAGAAGACAACAGGCCUGAAUCUUAUCGGGAAUACUGGAGACGUCCGUCAAGGAGUCCUAAGAAAAGCAACGACUUUGAAACUGCUUCUCCAUGGGACUUGCUCUCAGAUGAAGGAGAAGGUGUAGAUGCAUCUUCAUCAAUCUCUCUAGAUGAUAUCGUUCAAGUUGAUUUUGGGGCAGUUGAGGUUGUGCAGUGCCUAAUUGAGCAUCACAAUGCGAUCUUCACUGAUGCAGACGAGACUGUAUGGAAAUGAAAAAAAAAAGAAGUCAACCAAUCUUUCUCUCAAGUCGUCAGUUCCUUCCAUGAUUUCUCAAGUUCCGGACCGAACCAGAAGAAGAUAAUAACAGUUACAAGAACAAACAUAUGCAUUCUGAUCUGGAUGUUGACUGACUAGUGAUUUCAGUAAAUAAGCUUUCGUUUCAUAUUGGUUCUUCUGUAACAAAGUUUUAGACUUUAGAAACUGAUGAUUAAAAAGAUAAGUUUUUUCUUAUAAGAAAUCAAGAAUUCGGAUU